GUAGCCUAAGGGGUGGGGCGCGCCAAACCCAAAUCCCUAUCUGAAACCUCUCGACUCUCACAUAUCACCGACCGUGCAUACCUUCCUUGCACCGCCACCGCUCCCUCCCACGCCCAGCCGCCGCCGGCUGUAGGCCCCCCUCUCCCUCUCUCACUCCCAGCCGCUCUCUUGCUCUCUCUCUCUCCCUCUGCCACUGUUCCUCCGUUGCGCCGCCUCCAAGGCACACCUCCUCCACUUGCAAACCCUCCAGCCAACGCCUCCUUCAUCUUGUGUGUCGAAGCCACACACAACAACUUUCAAACCCCUUGGCGUGUCUGACUCUCACAUGGCCGCGGCCUUCUCCUUCUCCACCGCUCGUCGCUCGCAAACCACCACAAGCUUAAGGGAAAACUCGUGAACCCUCAUCGUCCAUCGUCGGUUAACGAAAACGAAAAUUUCUCAGUUCUGUAUGAUGGGAACUUGAGGAACCAAUUAGGGCACAAGCAUGGGGAAAUCGUCAUCGAGUUCAUAAAAAAGGAGGAUUACAGAGUUUUCGUUGACGCAUGUGGAUGAGGUCAUUGAUGAGCUUCUCACGAAAGAUUAUUCCUAUGAUAUUGCUAUGCCGCGUAUCAAGAGAAGAACCUAGGAGAAGUGCACUUGAAGAAGAUUUUGAGGAGGAAGAGGAGAAAGAGGAUAAUGACCAGCCUGUUGAUGAGGUUGAAGAUAGGGCAUAUGAGAAGGAUUAUUAUCGUGGGCGAAGCCCUGCAAGGGAAAGAGAUAGGGAUAGAAGACGUGAUAGUCAUAGACACAGAAACGGAACAAGGAAUAUUUGAGCAAGUUUUGAAAGAAGAGCUUGACUUUGUUUCUGACCCAUGGCCAAACAUAUCUGAAAGUGCAAAGGACCUUGUUCGAAAAAUGCUUAUAAGAGACCCUAAGAAGCGGAUGACGGCACAUCAAGUUCUUUGUGAGUAUGCAUGUCUCAGUCUCAUUGAUGCUACAUGGUUUGUUCUGAAAUGCAUCUUGGUUCCACUAUCACUAUUUAGGGCUCUAGAGAUCACUUUCAAGUAAUGUAGUAAAUAGUCCAGCUAAAGAUAGGUUUCUUUUUCUUUCUUUACAAUAUUUUUUUCAUGAUGACUGAUUAUCUGGUUAUUGAAUUGAUAUUGUACAGAAAAAAAUUUCUUUCAGUUACCCAGUGGUAAAGUUAGCGACGAAUUUUGUCCCUCUCUACCGUUGAUAAAUUAGAGAGGGAAUGGAUAUAAAAAUGUCAGGUAGUUAGCGACGGACACAUCCGUUGCAAACAGCGACUGACUGCUACGUUCCGUCGCAAAUAGCGACGGCUAGUUACUUCCGUCGUAAAUAGCGACGUAAUCUCCCGUCAGAAAUAGCGACGGAUUCAUGAGGUAAUCCUGUAAGCGAUUUAGCGACGAAAAUAUAUACGUUAGCGACGACCAGUUUCUGUCGCUAAUAGCGACGGAUUUAAUUUUUCGUCGUUAAUUUUUUAGCGACACCCCUAAACAUGGCGGAUGACGUUCCGUCGGUAAAUCUUUUGCGACGGAUUUUAGCUUAUUUAGCGACGGAUUUUAGCCCUCGCUAAAUAGCUUUUUUUUAGUAGUGUAUAAGAUCCUUAGAUUGCCAAGUUUUUAGAUAACUCUCAUUCAAAGUGAUUAAGAUCAUCAUACCAUAUUAGGUUAGAAGAGGAUUGGUAGACCUAUUGUCCGAGCUGAGAGUGAUAUCACUAAGUGGGUCAUCUGAGGUGCUUUGAAUGAGAAGAAUCACAUCUUAUCCCAAAAUGACCAUUUGGUAGGGAAUUCAGUGUGCACAUUUUCACGACUCGUUUAGAAUUACUAAAGCAUUUUUUGUAACACAUU